UCUUGGAGCUAGACAUUGUUUUGAAUAAAAGGACCGUUCCAGAGGUUUUAUAAGAUAUGAAAGUUUUAUUCGUGUUAUACUGUGUAAUGAAUUGUAAAUAGUUAGCAUACAAUGGAGACACAAUGGAGGAUUGAAUACUUUCUCCCUGGUUUGUUUGUUCGGUCUCUGUGGCUACCCACGCCUGUCAUACUAAAGCAAUUUCAUCUCGGUUUUCAGCUCAUUUUCAUUCUAUUAAAUCAGCAAGCAUUUUGGGUCUUUUGAGCAAAUCUACACCUACAUAUCUUCAAUCCAGUAUAACAUACUCAAUAUUGGUUCCGCCUCAUCAUAUGCUCAUAGUCCCGACAAGUUCCCAAGAUGGCGAGUGUGAUUCAAGACACCGAGACCGCCGAUACUUCCCACAAACAAAUACAGACUGAAGAUGAUAUCUACGACCUCGAUGACCCGUAUCUAAUUCCCAAAGUACUCAAACAGCAACCCAAAACACCAGGCACAGUCACCUGUCGCUUUCUCGCUAUACCCCUCAAUGAAGCCAACUCAUUCUCCAGAAACAUCGGACAAUACGGCUACAUCGUCCACGAAAGCAGACAUAAGCUUAUCAUGCGAAUUCCGCCGCAAAACACAAAUCUCAUGGAUCGCAUCCGCCAGGUCUGGGUCUCGAAAUACCUGGCGCCCUUCACUGAGUGUAGAAUCACCUUUGAUCUACCGAAGUGGGAUAAGACGACGACAAUCAUCAUUCAAUGCGUUCCUAACAAAGCGAAUAAGAGCACAGAUAGCUCUCUAGUUCACGACGCUGCGGACGAUCUCAGUCCUAUAGUCAGCGAGGCUUCUAUGAGGGAUAGUAGAGUGGCGGUACAGUUCUCUAGACCAUCGGGCGGCGAAGGAGAAGCCGCAGAGCCACAGAAGAUCCGGAGAGUAAGUGAAUACUGAAUAUACACGGUAUUAUGAGUUGGGAUCAUUGCUGAUUUACGUGUCCAGCGACGAGCCACAUCACUUCCCUGUCCUGAUGUCCUAGCAGAGUUGGGUGAGAAUUAUUGGCAUCCUCCACAGUUGCUAUAGUGAGAGGGAGCACCUAAAUCGCCAUUUCCAAGGCGAGAUGAACGAACACCUAGGUCAUUAGCCAUGGGUAUUUGAUACGAUCGGGUGAAGAGGAGUACAAGUCUGAUCAAAUAUCAAUAAUUUAAUGAACCGAAAAAACAAAGUGAGGGCAGAUGCGACACAGCAAAUGGAAGCUGAUUUCAGCGCAUUCUACUGAAUGGUAUGGUCAUAAACGCUACGGAGGGUGAGGAAACGCGAGGAUUUGAUGUUUGGUAGGCGAGUUGGAUGCAGUAUGAUUCAACACAAUAUCCCCCAAUAGAUGGCAUUGUCCAGGGAAACAGACAUGAAGUUGGUCAACACGAGAAUGAUGUGACGAUGAUGAAUACCUAGGCGCCUAAAUUAGAAGUCGCAG